CUGAUCUGCAAUCAUCGUGCAAGGGAACCGAUAAAAAAAUAUCAUGUUAGAAACAUUAUUUCUAUUCACCCUACCAUGGAGCGCAUUUGCCUACGAAAACAUUGCUUUACACAAAAAUGCUUGGCAGCUACAUCCCUACGAACAUCCGACCUUUGGAGACUACGUAAACGCUUCCAAGGCGGUUGAUGGACUGAAAACAAACCUGUCUUACUUCGGAGGGCAAUGCACUAUAUCUUCAAGUGAUCGAUCUGAGGCUUUUUUGCGUGUUGACCUCGGGUUAAUCCUUGGCAUUAAUCACAUUACUCUAUAUUAUAGAACAGACAGCGUACAGUGGGGCCCCCAUCAUGGGUAUGUCGGCAGAUUACUAGGGUUCUCUGUUUACAUAUCAAACACGACGGAAAAAGAAGACGGGGUUCUCUGUUUCAAGGACAACUAUUUUACCAAGUACACCAUUCCGGCUGUGAUAACAUUGAACUGUACUCACCACGGUAGAUACGUCAUCUACUACAACAACAGGACAUCAAGACAUCUACCACAGGACUACUCGCCUUAUGCUUACAACGAACUGUGUGAAUUUGAGGUUUAUGGUUGUCCAGUUCCUGAUCACUAUGGCAAGAACUGCAACCAGACGUGUCCAUCUCUCUGUAAAGACAACAGAUGCCACAUAGAGUCUGGAUAUUGCCUAGAUUGUGAAAACGGUUUUCGGGGACCUUAUUGUAAAGAACAAUGUGAGAACAACACGUAUGGUGCUGGAUGUUUGGAGAAGUGUGGUCAAUGUCUAGGUGGAGAAAAAUGUAACUUUGUCAACGGCAUUUGCAGUAAUGGAUGUGAAGCCGGUUACUACAAUUUUAGCUGUAAAGCAGAAUGUCCAAAUGGCCAAUAUGGAAGAAACUGUUUACAAACUUGCAGUGAAAAUUGUCAUGUGUCCAAAACAUGUGACAAAAAGACCGGUGCCUGCCAUGGUGGUUGUAUUGAAGGAUGGAAAUUACCUCAGUGCAAUAAAGAAUGUGAUGACGGAACAUUUGGAACAAAUUGCAGUAAAGUAUGUGGUCACUGUUAUCAAGGGAAGCCAUGUGACAAGAAGACGGGGGUAUGCCCCCCAGUGUGUGGCUCAGGAUACGAGGGACUCUACUGCAACAAAUCGUGCUCUUAUAUGUAUUAUGGAUCGAAUUGCAACUCAACCUGCAGCUUAAAUUGCCGAAACCAAACUUGUGAUUCUAAAAGCGGAUAUUGCCUAGUAGUGGAAAAGUCGAUUGGUAAUAUGGGCACCUACCAACAGUUGCUGCUCGACAUUCCAAUAACUGAAAUAGGAUCCAUUAUAACAAAUAAGCAAAGAGACAAUGCUGAGGGAUUUAAACGAGAUUAUGCGUCCCUACCACAUGGCGAAAGAUUCCCAUGCGACGCAGGAAAAUUAUCAAUAAAUCGUCAUAAAAAUAGAAUUCAAAAUACACUUCCAUAUGAUCACUCUAGAGUACUCCUUAGACGGUAUGUAGGAACAGCUUGUGAUUACAUCAACGCCAAUUACAUUAGUGGAGCCGAACGAAAUAAUGAAUACAUUGCUGCUCAAGGUCCAUUCGAAACAACUUUAUCUGAGUUCUGGGAGAUGGUAUGCCAGGACCAAAUUCAGCAGAUAAUCAUGUUGACAAAUCUAACAGAAGGAGAAAAGGUAAAAUGCUUCAAGUACUGGCCAAAUAAAGGAAAAACGGAAACGUAUGGAACAGUUUCUAUUGAAUUCAUUGAAGAAAAGGUGUACGCUUUCUUCACCAAGAGAAGAUUUAGAGUGUCUCAACUAGGGAUAAAAUCAUGCGUGGUAACUCAAUUUCAUUUUACCGCAUGGCCUGAUCACGAGACUCCAGAUCCUCUGUGUUUGGUCAUAUUUCACAAUCACGUGGACAAUGAAACUGUUGCUCAAGGAAUAUCCCCAACACUAGUUCAUUGCAGCACAGGUCUUGGUCGCACGGGUACAUACAUAGCUCUUGACUAUCUUUACAAAACUGGAAAGAAGUCUGGUAGUGUAAAUGUAGCAGAAUAUGUAAAAACAAUGAGGGAAAAUCGAAUGAACAUGGUUGACACCCUUGAUCAAUAUAUCACAUUAUUUCUCACACUGCAAGAAGCUUUCAAAGCAAAACCUGCAUUACAGUCAAAGAAACAGUUUUUGAAUAAAGUCACAUCAUUAAUUAAGAAAGGAUAUAUGAUCUCUCCUUCCCUGAAAGACGAACACGAGAUUUUAAAGAAAGUGUGUCCAACAUAUACUGAUGAGGAUUACAAGGCAGCAAAACAGCACGUGGCAAAUUCUGGGAAAGAUGCAGUUUUGCCUGUUGAGAAAUAUAGAUUUAGUUUGCCAUCAACUGUUCCAACAAGUGAGAGUUUUAUCAACGCUAUUGUUGCUUCUACAUAUACCAAGGACAACGGAUUCAUUGUUACACAAUACCCAACAGAGGACAACGUUGUUGAGUUUAUUCGUCUUAUGGUUGAUUAUGGAUGUCGCACAAUUAUUUGCAUGAAUCCCCAACACAAUAUCAAAUCAAGCAAAGCAUGGAUGCCAUCACCAUCAUCUGAAAAGAUUAUAUCUCCAUACAGAGUAUUCUGCUAUACCUGCAGAGACACAGACCUAAAGGUGUCAACUUUAUAUAUAAAUAAAGAGAAGGAAGAACCAUUCUGUAUUACGGUAGCUGAACCUAAAUACGAAUUUGGUUCAGAAACUCAAAAAGAUGUGACAAAUUUGUGUAACUUGGUCUCAUUUGCUCGUGAUCGCCCAAGUAACAGUCCCAUAGCUGUUGUUAGCAUGGACGGUGCAUCAAUGUGUGGUGUCUUCUGUGCUGUGUUUAACUCCAUACAACAAAUCACUAUGGACGACAAUAUUGACGUGUUUACAACAGUCCGACAACUACAGAAGAGCAGACCAGAGUUAUGCGCAACUCAGGAUGAAUACGGAUUAAUUUAUCACGCCAUUUACAACUAUCUACAAGGUAUGUCGGAAUAUGAUUGCCUUGAUCAGUAAAAGAAAGAUAUGGUGAUUAGAAUGCUGAAAAAG